UCCACUACUAUCCCAUACUAUCAACCCAAUCCCCCCCUCCAUUAGUCCCCAUGGUCGCUCAAUGGGAAAGAGCCACGUGCCUCUGCGCCCACCAGCUCAAGAGCAUUUGUUCUCGCUGUUGGUUGCUGUAAAGGAUUUGCCUCCAUAGACAGAAAAGCGGAGCGGAUAUCUUUUUGGAAUCCGGCCUAGGGGUUCCUCUUCCACCUUUUGCUCACUCCGGUAUUCCACUCUCUCUCUUUCUCUCUCAGUCUUUCCCUGCUGAAAGGUUGACACUUAAGAGGGUUUAUUUUUCCUGAAGAACUCAGUGCCUCGGGUGCAAGAUCAAUGAGUGAGACCGUUAGCUCUUCGUUUCCUCUACCCUGAAGGAACCUCUAUGGACGUUUUAUCUUCUGGAAACAGGGGUUCCAGAGGUGUUAUGACUGUUGGCUGGAUGGUCAUGAAUCACUGUCUCAGGAAAUACCAUCCAGCUUUAAUAUCCAUCAUUUGUUGUUGUGCGUAGAGCCUCGCCACCGUCGCAGUGCCACUCAGGAUGCACAGCUUUAUGGGAGGGGGCCUGUUCUGCGCCAUAGUGGGGAACAUCCUGCUGGUGGUCUCAACUGCGACAGACUACUGGAUGCAGUACCGCUUGUCGGGGAGCUUCGCCCACCAGGGCCUGUGGAGGUACUGCAUGUCGGGAAAGUGCUACAUGCAGACGGACAGCAUCGCCUACUGGAAUGCCACCCGUGCCUUCAUGAUCCUGUCAGCCAUGUCGUGCUUCGCGGGCAUCAUCGCAGGCAUUCUCUCCUUUGCCCAUUUCUCCGCCUUCGAGAGGUUCAACCGCUCCUUCGCUGCAGGGAUCAUGUUCUUUGUCUCCACUCUCUUUGUUCUGCUUGCAAUGGCCAUCUACACUGGAGUGACGGUGAACUUCCUGGGGAAGCGCUUCGGUGACUGGCGCUUCUCUUGGUCCUACAUACUGGGCUGGGUGGCACUGCUCAUGACCUUCUUUGCAGGAAUAUUUUACAUGUGUGCCUCCAGAAUGCAUGAAUGCAGGAGAGUGGUGGACCCACGCUAAAAGAGAGAGGAAAGCCAGUGAAAAGAUUGCAAAUCCGGGACAUUUUGGCCACACAAUUCCAACACGAUGAAAGAAUCAAGCUUACACCAAUAGACAUAUCACUGAAAUAUAGAAACUGUACUAGGUAAUUGAGAACCAAAGAUGAGUACAAAUGUUUGGUUAUGCCUGAGCAGUUUACGUGUCAUUUUAAUAAAGCUAUAACUCUAA